CCUGUCCUUAGAUCCAAGAGAGGUGGCUGGACUGCCUGUUCCUUCGUUGUUGUAUAUGAAGUGUUUGAACGAAUGGCGUACUAUGGGAUCUCAUCAAACUUGAUCAUAUAUUUGACCAAAAAGAUGCAUCAAGGAACUGUGAAAUCUGCCAACAAUGUCACCAAUUGGGUGGGCACUGUUUGGAUGACACCUGUCUUGGGUGCCUACGUGGCAGAUGCCUUUCUUGGUCGUUACUGGACUUUUCUCAUUGCCUCUGCAAUCUAUCUUCUGGGAAUGAGCAUGUUGACACUGGUGGUUUCGGUGCCCGGCCUAAAACCACCAUCCUGUAGUGCUCACCAACCACUUGGGCCUGACUGUCCAAUGCCAAGCCCAUUGCAAUUGGGCCUAUUUUUCGGGGCACUCUACACGUUAGCAGUCGGGACGGGCGGGACGAAGCCCAAUAUAUCGACGAUCGGGGCGGACCAGUUCGACGAGCACGCGCCCAAGGAGAAAGCCCAAAAGCUGUCAUUCUUCAACUGGUGGAUGUUCAGCAUAUUUCUUGGCACACUCUUUGCAAACACAGCUCUGGUGUACAUUCAAGACAAUGUGGGCUGGACCUUGGGGUAUGGGCUUCCCACAAUUGGGCUGGCUUUGUCCAUAGUGAUAUUUUUGGCUGGGACUCCAUUUUAUAGGCACAGGAAGCCCAGUGGGAGCCCAUUUACAAGAAUGGGUAUGGUCAUUGUUGCAGCCCUAAGGAAAUGGAGGGUCCCAGUUUCUGUUGAUCCCAAAGAAUUGCAUGAGCUGGAUUUGGAUGAGUACACCAAGAAUGGGAUGCAUAGAAUUGACUCUACACCUUCUUUGAGGUUUUUGAACAAAGCUGGAGUGAAGACAGGUUCCACCAGUCCAUGGCUACUAUGCACAGUGACACAAAUAGAAGAAACAAAACAGAUGCUGAGAAUGUUACCCAUUUUAGUGGCCACAUUCAUUCCAAGCACAAUGAUUGCACAAGUCAACACUCUCUUUGUCAAGCAAGGGACAACUCUCAACAGAAGCAUAGGCAGCUUCAACAUACCCCCAGCCAGCCUGGCGGGUUUCGUCACGCUCUCGAUGCUCGUCUCGGUUGCCUUGUACGACCGCUUCUUCGUCCCGUUCGUCAAAAAGUGGACGAAGAACCCCAGAGGGGUGAAUCUCCUGCAACGCAUGGUCAUCGGCGCGGUUCUCCACAUCACCAUCAUGGUCAUAGCCUCGCUGACUGAGAGGUACAGGCUGAGGGUCGCAAAAGAACACGGCCUCGUCGAGAGCGGGGCUCAGGUCCCGCUCACGAUCUUCGUGCUGCUCCCUCAGUUCGUCCUGAUGGGGACCGCGGACGCGUUCUUGGAAGUGGCGAAGAUCGAGUUUUUCUACGACCAAGCGCCCGAGAGCAUGAAGAGCUUGGGGACAUCGUAUUCGUCGACAACGCUAGGAGUUGGGAACUUCCUCAGCACGGUAUUUCUCUCCAACGUUUCGCGAAUCACGAGGAGAAAUGGUCGCGGGGGAUGGAUUCUCAACAACCUCAAUGCCUCUCAUCUUGACUACUACUACGCCUUCUUCGCGGUACUUAAUGUCGUGAACUUCGUGUUCUUCUUAGUUGUGGCUAAGUUUUACGUGUACAAAGCCGAAGUCUCGGACUCCAUGGUUGUCUUGAGGCAAGAAUUGGAGAUUGGGUCCAGAAAUAAAGUGACUAGCCAACAAACAUCUGAAGCAUAGAGCACUUCUGUUAUAAAAACUCUCUCAAACUCAAUUAAACAAUGCAUCAUGAUAUAACAUUCCAAGUUAUGUUGAUCACAUAAGAUUUUUUUAUAAAAAAAAUGCAUUGAUUUCCUUGGAAUUAGUUUAGGAAAAUAUGAUUUUUGUCUUGACUAAUUAAAGCAGACAAGCUAAU